CCACCCCCACCCCCGUUCUCCACCUAACACCCGAGCCCUUGCGCACGCCCCCUCCAGUCCAGGAACGGGUUAGUCCACUUUUCCUUAGCUAAGGGGGUGGGAGCCGUGCCCUGCGCUGACAAAGCUUUCAGGAUGGAGGCGAAGAAAGAGAAAGGUUCGGAACUGGCUAGCGUUUACUUCCGGAGGGGCAGCCCGGUAGGCAUAGUGAUCACCGCCAUAGGUCUGGGAUACUUCGCGUGGGUCGCUUUCUGGCCUCAGAGCGUACCCUAUCAAAAACUUGGACCUCUCGGGUCCUUUUCUCAGUACUUGGUGGAUAACCAUCUGGAAUUCAUACGUCGUGGGUAUUGGCUUGCCUGGUUGAUUCAUGUGGGAGAAUCCAUAUAUGCUAUGAUACUAUGCAAAAAAGGUAUCACAGAUGGCUGGGCCCGAGUGCUAUGGUUCCUGCAAACAUUUUUCUUUGGAUUUGCUUCUCUUAGCAUCUUACUUGCAUACAAGCCUCAUCAUCACAAGAAAAAGUGAAAAAAAAAAAAGUUAAAUGAGUUUUUUGUACAUUGCUGUUUUGCUACCUUGUCUACAUUUACUACUUUGUCUAAAUCUUUCUUUUAAAAAUUUAGUCUUUUCUCGACUAUAUAUGUGUAUACUGUAAAUAGGUUUGGUUCCUUUUCUCUAAUCCUAAAACUCUAGCUUCAUCAUGUAUAAUAAUUGAUUUUCAUCACCUCUGAGCAAAAGCUGCCUCACUAGGUUAAUUGAAUUCCGUCAGGCUCAACAAACAUUUAUUCAAAACUGUAGUGUGCAAAGCAUAAUUAUGAAUUAAAUAGGUUUAGAGCACCGGCACUGAAGUCAGGAGGGGCCGAGUUCAAAUCCAGCCUCAGACACUUACCACCUGUGCGACCCUGGGCAAGUCAUCUAAAUGUUUGCCUCAGUUUCCUCAACUGUUAAAUGAACUGGAGAAGGAAAUGGCAAACCACUUCUAUAUCUUUAUACCAAGAAAACUCCAAAUGGGGUCAUAAAGCGUGGAACACGAUUAAUUGACUAAACAACAAUUCCCUUCAAGGUUUUUAUAGUCUGGCAGAAGAGACAAGGCAUAUAUCAUUUAACACUUCUGGGCCUGUAAAAUGGAGAGGUUAUACAUGAUGAUAUUCUUUUUUUCUUAAUUCUUGACCUUCCAAAAACUAAAUGAACAUUUCCAUAUAUGUUGCGGAACAAAAGGAGAAUAUCAUGUGAAAUUAUGAAUUAAUUAUGUAGAGCUUUUUAACAAUAAAUUAAAAUAUGUAAUAAAUUCAAAAUAUAAAUUUCAAAA